AUAUUACGUUUGCCUGUUUUGAGCCUCACCACUAGCCGUACUGUGUGAUCGUUCACUCUCAGCUUCAGAGCCUCCGUGAAACACGUGGAUUUUCCUGCAGAAACAACAACAUGGCAAGCCAGGGGCUGACUUACGAGGGUUGUAAUUUUUUUAGACAAAGAUUGAUUUUAGCAACUUUAAGUGGGAAGCGGGUGAAAAUACGAAAUAUAAGAUCCAGAGAUGACAAUCCAGGGUUGCGAGAUUUUGAAGCAAGUUUUAUCAGACUUUUGGACAAGAUAACCAACGGAUCCCAAAUCGAAAUUAACCAAACAGGUACGGUCCUGUUCUAUCAGCCAGGGCUGCUGUACGGGGGCUCCGUGGAGCAUGAGUGCAACACGCAGCGGUCGGUGGGCUAUUACCUGGAAGCGCUGCUCAUGCUCGCCCCCUUCAUGAAGAACUCGCUGAAGGCUGUGCUGAAGGGUGUCACCAAUGACCAGAAUGACCCGUCUGUUGAUCUCCUCAAAGCCACUGCUGUUCCACUUAUGAAGAAGUUUGGGAUUGAUGGAGUCGGCGUGGAAAUAAAGGUGACUAAGAGGGGUAUGGCCCCAGGUGGAGGAGGAGAAGUGCUUUUCACCUGUCCGGUCCGUCGCACCAUCCGACCUGUUCAAAUAUCGGACCCGGGCAAAAUCAAGAGAAUCCGGGGAACAGCAUACUCUGUCAGAGUCUCUCCACAGAUGGCCAACAGGAUUGUAGACUCUGCGAGAAGCAUCUUGAACAAGUUCAUUCCAGAUAUCUACAUUUACACCGACCAUAUGAAGGGGGCAAACUCGGGAAAAUCUCCAGGCUUUGGCCUUACUCUGAUUGCUGAGACUCUGAAUGGGACUUUCCUGGCAGCGGAGAUGGUGUCGCCGCCACAAGGUCAAACCCCCAUGCUGCCGGAGGACCUGGGAAAGGCCUGUGCCAAGCAGCUCCUUGAAGAAGUCUAUCGAGGCGGCUGUGUGGAUUCAAACAAUCAGAGUCUGGCACUCCUCUACAUGAUGCUGGGCCAACAGGACGUGUCCAAAAUAAUGCUGGGCCCCCUCUCCCCCUACACGAUAGAGUUCCUGAGGCACAUCAGAGAUUUUUUCCAGAUCAUGUUCAAGAUUGAGACCCAGGCUCCAGUCGAGGAUGAGGAGAGGAAAGGAGGGGAGAAGGUGUUAAUGACCUGCGUUGGAUCUGGCUACACUAAUAUUAGCAAGACCACCAAAUAAAGACUGAAGGUUUUCAUCCCAUUCAACAGUAACAAUAAGAGGACACAAAACACAAGAUGGGACAUGUCAGCUUUUUUUGUUGAAAAUUUAUAUUGAGUAUUUUCUUUGUAUAAUAAGUCAACAACUUUGUAAAUGUUUUUGGUUUCAACACCAUUCCAAUACACAUCUUUUGAUACACA